AUGUCGGCUCCCAUCUUCCGUGGCGCAUCGCGCCUGCUCCGAUCUGUGCCACGACGGUCACCAUACAUUCAACAGACCGGCGCGCCGUUCACACGAUGCAUGUCGUCGCUGAAUGUCGAGAGCCAGCAGAAAUUGCUGGCCACCCAUCUGAAGGAGGCCGACCCGGCCAUGUAUGAGAUCAUAGAAAAUGAGAAGAAGAGACAAAAGCACUUUAUCAACCUCAUUCCCUCCGAGAACUUCACAUCUCAGGCCGUCUUGGAUGCCUUAGGCAGUCCUAUGCAGAACAAGUACUCCGAAGGUUACCCGGGAGCGAGAUACUAUGGCGGCAACGAGUUCAUCGACCAGUCCGAGAGACUAUGCCAACAGCGAGCACUCGAGACCUUUGGUCUGGACCCGAACCAAUGGGGAGUUAACGUACAAUCCCUAUCCGGCGCGCCUGCCAAUCUCUAUGUCUAUUCAGCCCUCAUGGAUACUCACGACCGCCUCAUGGGCCUCGAUCUCCCCCACGGCGGCCACCUCUCGCAUGGCUACCAAACACCUACCAAGAAGAUCUCCAUGAUCUCCAAGUACUUCGAAACACUACCCUACCGCCUCGAUGAGUCAACGGGCUACAUCAACUAUGCGCAAAUGGAAGAGCUGGCGAUGCUCUACCGCCCCAAGAUCCUCAUCGCGGGCACGAGCGCCUACAGCCGCCUGAUCGACUAUGCGCGCAUGAGGGAGAUAGCCGACAAGAGCAACGCCUACCUCCUCGCCGAUAUGGCCCACAUCUCCGGCCUCGUCGCCGCAAAGGUGCUCCCCAGCCCCUUCUCCUUCGCCGACAUCGUCACCACCACCACCCACAAGUCCCUCCGCGGCCCUCGCGGCGCCAUGAUCUUCUACCGCAAGGGCGUCCGCCGGCAGAACCCAAAGACAAAGGAGGACGAGAUGUACAACCUCGAGGGGCCCAUCAACUCGUCGGUCUUCCCAGGCCACCAGGGCGGGCCCCACAACCACACCAUCGCCGCGCUGUCGGUCGCCCUCAAGCAGGCGCAGUCGCCCGAGUUCCGCGGGUACCAGGAGCAGGUCCUGGCCAACUCCAAGGCCCUCGCCAAGAGGCUGGGCGGCGACAAGAGCAAGGGCGGCCUGGGCUACACGCUCGUGAGCGGCGGCACCGACAACCACCUGGUCCUGGUCGACCUCAAGCCCCAGGGCAUCGACGGCGGCCGCGUGGAGCGCGUGCUGGAGCUCGUGGGCGUCGCCGCCAACAAGAACACCGUCCCCGGCGACAAGUCCGCGCUGUCGCCCGGCGGCCUGCGCAUGGGCACGCCCGCCAUGACGACGAGGGGCUUCAGCGAGGACGACUUCUCGCGCGUCGCCGACAUUGUCGACCGCGCCGUCACCAUCGCCAGCCGCGUCAACAAGGCGGCCCGCAAGAACGCCGAGGAGAAGGGCAUCAAGCUGCCCGGCAGGGUCAAGGUCUUCCAGGACUACCUGGGCGACGGCGAGGACGAGCCCGAGAUCGUCCAGCUCAAGAGCGAGGUCGCCGCCUGGGUCGGCACGUACCCUCUCCCUUGGGACGCGAGGUCGUGA